CAGCUGCUCUCUCACUUAAAACUCACAGCCAUUGUCACUCACUUGUCUCCACCCAAAACAUUCUCAAACGUGCUCCUACACAUCCCUCUCCAACGCCCUCCAAUGAGACAGAGGAUCUGCCCUCAAUGAACUGUUACACUGGGCUGGAACCAUUAUCGCUGCGCAGGGAGGUCCGUAAUGUGAAUUAAUUCAGAGCAGCAGGGAGGGAGCAACCAGACGGGGCAGCCACACACUUCGUUUACUAAGAGUGGACUAUCUACAUCGUUAUUGUGGAUUUAUUCUGUGAUUUAUCCGCCUAAUUACAUUUUACUGCAAGACAGCUGUGAUUGAGAGACUCCGCUAUCCAGGCUGCUGGCCAACAUUUCUGAGAGAAUGUCCAUUCUGUAAGUUCAGAAAGAAUUGGUUCCUAAGUGAACAGAAAGAGUCCAGCUUUGGAAGCUUUAUUGUAUGCCGCAUUAUAGGAUAACUGCCUCAAGAAGAUAAGCUUGGUUCGUUUAUAGACUUUUAAUUUCACUUUUCUUUCAACCAGCUCACACAGUUACAUUGGAUAAUUUGAAAAACCUAGACUGUUGUACAAGAUUCUAAUUUUAUCCAGAAAACAUAUCUGGAUCUGGGGAAGUAAUUCUCUGAACCUCUUUUAACAAUGAAGUGUUUGUAAACAGGGAAAUGCCUGUGAUGCAUACCAUGGGAAGCCCAGAAUGUGGCUUUUCCCGAUCUUCCCAGCAAACUCUUUCCAGGAGUCACUGCAAGAACAUCAGGCAAAAGAUCUCCCAUUGGGAAGGAAGAACCAGCAACAGCGGCUCCUGUGGAGACCUUCUGAAUAUUAAACCAGAAAGUCCUCCUAAAGAUCGCAAUGCAUUCACACGAUCGACUGCAGAAAGACUGGGUGACAGGAAAACAGGUCUGCAAAGAACUAGACAGUUUGACCUGGAUUUCAGGGAAGGAGGCAGGGGCAAAAGAUUUGAUGGGGAAAAUAAAAGAAUAGCUAAAAAUGAUUCCAGUAUAUAUGAGGAGGAUGAGCUAGAAAGUAAUUCUUCUUGUUUUAGCGGAAAAGAGAAUGAACAUGAGUAUUUAGACCCAGAUGAACUUCCUCCAGGGAAUUUUUAUACAUCCCCAGGGAUGUUCAAAAAAGGUAGUGUAAUUUCAGAAGACAACUUGAAGGAAAUGGUCCUGGAAUUUAAAAAGAAAAGGGGACGAAGCUAUUCAACCGAUGGAGAUCUUGAUUUGAAAGGUUUAACAAGUCAAAAUUUUGCAAUAAAAAGCUUGGAAAACAUUUAUUAUGAUUCCGAGAGAUUGAAAGACAUUCCUUCUAUUAACCCCUUACCGAAGCCCCGAAGGACAUUUCGAUAUUCUACAGACCAUCACCAUGAAGAGCGUAAAGACUAUAACCACCGAAGAAGGAAGUCUGUGGAUGAAAGCGACACAGAAUCUUCUGAUCCUUCAAUUCCACCUCCAGAACCAAAAAAGACUGGGAACAGGAAACUCAGACCUAGAUCUAAAAGGAAAUCAUUUGAAUUUGAAGAUGUUCAGACAUUCAGACGGUUAAUUCAUCACGCAAAUCACCCCGAGAUCUCAGAAGAACCCAGAGAGCCUUCAAGAUCUGCUCUGUACCACACAGUGUCAGAAGACAAUAUCUAUGAGGAUAUUAUGUAUCCAUCUAAGGAGAAUCCUUAUGAAGACAUUAAAAUAUCUCCUUUACCUGUAUGGCGUGUCCCAUCCAUAUGGAAGCUACCACCGCCACGACGCACCAUCAAAACACCAAAGAUUCCAUCAAAGCCAAAUUUUCUGAAGAGACAAACGUUAGAACUAAAAAGCACAAAACUUUAUCUUAACAAAAAAGCACCAAAGGAUUCAACCCUUCCAGUAACCCUAAUGGAGUGGAAAGUUUUCCGGAGUGGAGGAGAGUCAACUAAAAAGAGGAAGGCAUUCCCCCGGCUUGUUAUGAAAAUACAAGACAUUUUUGAUGCAAAGCGAGGAAAGAAGAAAGUUAAAGUACAGACAUUUACGGGACAGGAUUCCUCUCCGUCUAAAGGUGAAGCCAGUGAAACUGAAAGUGACACAGACGAUCGACAAAAAAAGCACUGUAAGCGGUUGCUUCAGGUGCCAAACUCGUUGAAACGGAACCCACAUUAUCAGACACUGGAGAGAGAUCUCAUCGAGCUUCAGGAACAGCAGCUUUUCGAGCUCUUUGUGGUUGUAUCUUUACAGAAAGAUCCAUCAGGAGAUGGAUACAUUCCGGCCGUGAUACAACAGUACCCCCCUAAGAAUGAGUGGCCGUUAAAACAGUCAAGAGACAUGGAAGACCGGCUUAAACUUAUCCCCCAGUUUUGCUUUCCUGAUUCAAAAGACUGGACUACAACAUCGGAAUUAAAAAGUGAAACAUUUUCCUUUGUUCUCACUGGAGAAGAUGGGAGCAGGUGGUUUGGCUACUGCAAAAAGCUUCUGCCACAAGGGAGGGGGAAACGAUUGCCUGAAGUAUACUGCAUGGUCAGUCGAUUAGGCUGCUUCAACCUCUUUUCUAAGAUACUUGAUGAAGUGGAAAAAAGAAGGAAAAUGUCAGAGAAGAAAGAUCUUGUGUCAAUGUUCAUGCGUAGUGUCAUGGAAGCACCCUUCCCUGCACCUGGACGCACUAUAACUGUGAAAAGCUCCCUGCCUGGAUCAGGAGAUGGGGUAAUAGAGCUGUGCAGACCCAUGGAUUCCAGACUUGAACAUGUAGAUUUUGAUUGCUUAUUCAAGUGCCUGAGUGUUUCUCUUCUCAUCAAAGUGUUUGCUUCACUUCUGCUUGAAAGACGGGUCAUCUUUGUCGCUGAUAAUCUCAGCACUUUGUCUAAAUGUGCCCAUGCUGUGCUGGCUACACUCUAUCCAUUCACAUGGCAGCACACGUAUAUCCCUGUUCUUCCGGCUUCAAUGAUUGAUAUUGUCUGCUCUCCUACUCCUUUUCUGAUUGGUAUUCUGUCUUGUUCCUUACCACUGCUCAAUGACCUUCCCAUUGAAGAGGUACUGAUAGUUGAUCUCUGUGGAAACAAGUUCCUGCAAGCGUUAUCCGAUGAAGAUGACAUAUUGCCUCACAAGCUUCAGGCUGCCUUAGUCCAAAUAUUGGAGCAGAGAGAUCACAUCAUGUUUCAGGAGCAGCUUUCUGAAGAAGAAGUGACACUGAACUCCCUAGUAUCAGAAGCCUUUGUCUGGUUCUUUGUGGAAAUUGUGGGACAUUACUCCCUGCACAUGUAUGUGAAUGAGAAAGGCGAGCGUGUAUUCCAGAGAGAGCCAUUCCGUAAAUCCCACACUUCCAGAAGCACACGGCAGUUCCUUGACAUCUUCAUGGAAACCCAAAUGUUUGCCGGAUUCACUCAAGAUCGGGAGCUCAGGAAGAGUGGGGUCAAAGGUUUGUUUGAAGUGCGUGCUCAUGAAUAUCUGAAAACUCUCCCUGAGACAGAACCCAGUGGAGUGAACAAAUUUUUAAGGGGACUGGGAAGUAAGAUAAAGUUUCUCCAGAAGAAGUGAUCUAAUGAGUGAAAGGUUGGCUCUUCCAUGGAAGAUAAUACAACGUACUUGUUCGUAAUGAGAUUUCAUUACUGGCUGUGCUCUCCCCACUCAGUGUAGAUCCUCCUGAAGGUCUGAAGGAUGAUUUGGAAACGUAGUAAAGGAGACCGCUCCAUCUUGAAAUUUCCUCUGCUGAAAUGAAGGAACUUUUACUUUAUGAGGAGGCAGAUAGUUGUUUUUCUCAGUUCAGUAAAUGAGGGGAUUUUCUGUUCAGAAGACAACUGAAGUCAAAAUGGAAACUAGCAACACUCCAGCACUACACAUCUUCCCAAGUAGCUGGUUCGUUUAUCAUCAGUGAUUCCAGGAUGAAGAAUCACCUGCUUUAUAUGGUAAUAAAGAUGGAGACUGCAGUGUUUGACAGACAAUAUGCAAUUGUAGUUUCUAGCACAGUAAAUAAAAUGCUAAGAUAGACAAGAGGAUGGAUAAGGUGAGACUCAAAGCUCUGGAUGUUCUCUGGAUCAAAUUCAUCAUUAAACCAUGUUGGGUAGUGGCUUAUGGCAUCACAUUGUACUUUUUGCACAAUAACAAUAUACGUUAUAAAUAAACUUUAACUGAAGUGUUUACAAUAAA